GCUUUGCACUUCUCACCAAACACCUUUUUCAGAGAAGGUGGAAAACAAAAAAACCCACAAUGAUAUUGAUAUCAGAGACAAAGCUGUCAACCAUACAAAUGACAAUAAGCAUGCGAGUUUAAUUUGGCCUAUUUGUUUUAGACUCUAAAUAUAAAAUUGUCUCAGUAUCAGUAGUAUCAGUAGUGUCACUUCAGGUUCAAUUUAAUGUGUUUUACUUUAUUCUUGAUGUAGGAGACGUACUUAAACAGACUGCAGGAAAAUGGUCAGCAACACAGUAAUAUUGCUUCUCUUCUGUGGAGAAAUUUGGAAAUCACUUUCCACUGAAAUACCUUCAAAUGUUUCCACAAGUGAAAGCAUCGUGCAUACCAGCACCAGCAGCCCGGCAGAGGACAGAUCUACCAAGUACCAACUGCAAACAACCGGCCCCAGCAUGCAGAAGCCUGCAGGAGCGCUGACUGCUGCGACAACACUGCCACAGCUGCCCGAACCACACAUAGAGCCCACCAACGGGAGCUGGGUGGCAGCAAUGAUAAUGGGCAUUGUUUUGGUUGGUAUGGUAAUUGCUAUUAGUAUGAUUGUUAUAUGGAAACGCUGCAAGAAGCCAUUGCUAGCCGAUUCAAACUGGGCAGGUCAGUCUCCGUUUGCAGACGGAGACACUCCAGAUACCUUUGUGGACUCCGGCCAGGCUACCAAGCGUUUGUCCGUUUUAUUUAUGUUGCCUUGGAAAUUAAGAGAAGAAGCAUCCGUACAGCACGACCCUCCCGCAUCGGAGAAACCCCCCAACGGCACGGCCAGCAACACCUGCAGGCAGCAGCCCGCAGCAGAGCACAGCUGCUCCGCCACCGACCCUGCUGCAGCAGCGGCUCCCGGCCCAGAAGCAGCGAGCCCAGAGCAGGUGCUGCACCCACAGCCUGCCGAGGGCCUCGAGCUGCCGCCUCCCCCUGCGUGGCUCACUGAGCUCACUGAGCCGGCCGAGCAGCACGCCGCUGAUCCUGGCCAGCAAGAGGAACUUCACUCGGAAGUGAAGGAACCGUAUCCCCCACCGCUCCAAAGUACUGAAGAGAUCUGUGAACCUCCGCCACGGCCAGAACAGCCUCAGUAGACUGUGCCAAAAUAACUUUCCAAAACGCUUCUCAUUUUUCUUAAACGAAGCACUCUUCAAAUAACUGAGUAAUGGAGAAGUUGACACAGGCAAGAACAGCGAAACCACAGCAAGAGCAACAGCUCCCCGGCAUUUCUCAACUUCAGCUUUCACAAAAGGGAAGAAUCCCUUUCUGCCUGCAACAAAUCUUGGCAGAAUACAGCACGCCUGGUGCCACUGCAUGGCCUAAUAGUGACUCCACUGUGCAGAUAACAAAUGAUUCCCAAUUUUGGAGACUGCAGAAAACUGUGUGUACCUCUGUGUUCAGCACAUGCAACACACCCAUGGAUGUGCACAGUGAAACUUUAGAGGGGCUCAGAGCUUCUUGCAAAGGUUUGUUCUAUUAGACUACGUAAAUGAACGCAAUGAAUUCAAGUUAAUUUUAAUAAAGCUUUCUAAUUCGAA